CAAUUUAAUCUUGUUUUGUGCAGUUCUUCAGUUUGGAUGGCAGAUUUUUUUCCUUAUCCUUUUGUUUUUUUAGUGUUGCAUGUGUUCUAGAAGUGCCUCCGAAGCCAACACGGCCUAGUUUUAGAUCUAAAUCUAUUGUCGUACAAACGCAUUUAUAGUAGAUUAAGUAGUUAUUCAGCAGUUGGACUAGAUAGUAUAGAUCUGGUAAGAAUCUAGUCUAGGACUAGGAUAUAUUUCUGUUGCGACUGCUAGAGAUCCAGAUCAAAAUUAGCUCUGAAUCUAUUAACUGGGUUACUGUGUUAGAGCGUCUUUGAACAAGUUAACACUACUGCAACAAUGCAAAUGGAAUGCACGAUUCAAUGAUGGAAUUUUAACUUUGCAGACGUAAACUCUUUUCUUUUUUUCAUAUAUUUCAAUAAAUGGACUAAUGUUUUUGUUGUGGCGAUCAGAACAGCGAGUCUGAUCUUUUAAUGUAUUUGUGAGGGACUUUUCAGGCGUGACGGAUUAGGUGUGAAAAAGAUGGCAGCCGAACAGCGGAGGCUCAAAGAGGACAAAGUGAAGAGCAAGCGGUGGAAAAAGUGGGGGCCCUACCUGGCCGAGAGGCAGUGGGCCACUGUAAGAGAAGAUUACUCUAGUGAUGGUAACUGUUGGGAGUACUUUCCUCAUGAUGAUGCCAGGUCCAGGGCCUACAGAUGGGGAGAAGAUGGUCUGCUGGGCAUCACAGACUACCAAAGUAGGUUAUGUCUGGCUCUAUGUGUCUGGAAUGAGAAAGAUCCCAUACUGAAGGAAAGACUUUUUGGUCUCACUGGAAAUGAAGGUAACCAUGGUGAGGAUGUCAAGGAGCUGUACUAUUACCUGGACAGCACGCCCACCCACUCCUACAUGUCAGCUCUGUACAAGUACCCACACAAGGCAUACCCCUAUGACCACAUUGUAGCAGAGAAUAAGUACAGAACUAAGCAGCAGUUAGAGUAUGAACUGCUGGACACAGGUGUGUUUGAUGAUGGAAACUAUUGGGAUAUCAAGGCAGAGUUUUGCAAGUCCAACCCAGAUGACAUACUGGUGAAAUACAUCAUUUCCAACAGAGGAAGCAAGACAUCCAGGAUACACAUACUUCCGACUCUAUGGUUUCGUAAUAUGUGGUCCUGGGGACAGAACUGUGAUGCCUACUUGACCAAAAAGCCCAAUUUAAAAGAAACCAGCCCUGGACAUAUUGAAGCAGAACAUCUAACAUUGGGUAGCUAUAUCUUUGAAGUGGAUGUUGAUCAACAGGGCAACAAGCCAACAAUGUUGUUUACAGAAAAUGAGACCAACUUCAAACGCAUAUUCCAUCUCAACAAUACUUCACCUUUUGUUAAAGAUGCUUUCCAUAGGCUGCUCUUGUUUGGUGAAAAUUUUGCUGUGAAUCCAGACAAGUUUGGUACUAAGUGUGCUGCGCACUACAUCCUGGAGAUACCUGGUGGUGAAGAGUUUGUUAUCAAGGUCAGGUUGUUUGAAAAGUCACAAGGUCCUGAACCAGACAGAAUGUUUUCCAAAGAAGGAUUUGAUGAUAUUUUUGCACGGAGGAAGCAGGAAGCAGAUGAGUUUUAUAAUGAGGUUAUUGUGUGCAAAGACCCUCAGGAAAUAUUAGUGACCAGACAAGCCUACGCUGGACUUCUGUGGAGCAAACAAUUUUAUCACUAUGUUGUUUUAGAAUGGUUACAAGGUGAUCAAGGACAACCUCCUCCACCAGCUGCACAUUCCAAAGUACGAAACUCUGACUGGCGUCACCUGUUUAACCGAGAUAUUAUCAGCAUGCCAGACAAAUGGGAGUACCCUUGGUAUGCUUCUUGGGACCUAGCCUUUCACAUGUUGCCUUUUGCCAGUAUAGACAUAAACUUCUGUAAAGAUCAAAUGUUAUUGUUUCUUAGAGAGUGGUAUAUGCACCCCAAUGGUCAGAUUCCAGCUUAUGAGUUUGCCUUUAGUGAUGUGAAUCCACCAGUGCAUGCCUAUGCUGUACUGAAGAUUUAUAAAGCUUCUGGUGACUGUAGGGCCAGAAGAGAUCAAGUAUUUUUGGCCAGAUGUUUUCAAAAGCUGGCAUUAAAUUUUACUUGGUGGGUCAACAGAAAAGAUCCUGACGGACUCAAUAUAUUUGAAGGAGGCUUCCUCGGGCUGGACAACAUAGGAGUUUUUGACAGAUCUAAACCUUUGCCAACUGGAGGCAAGCUGGCCCAGGCUGAUGGCACAGCAUGGAUGGCCUUCUUUUGUGAGCUAAUGGUUGAGUUCAGUCUUAUCUUGGCUCAUAGGGAUCAGAUUUAUGAAGACAUGGCCAGUAAAUUUUUUGAACAUUUUAUUUACAUCAUGGAUGCCAUCAACUACGGCAUGGCGCAUUUGUGGGAUGAAGAGGACGGGUUCUACUAUGACAACAUCAUCUUUGAGAACUCUCGCAUGCCAUUGAAAAUUAGAUCCAUGGUGGGAAUGGUACCACUGUUUUCUUCAUUGGUCUUAUGGGAUUCUGAAACAAAACAACAUCCAGGAUUCUAUAAGAGAACCAAAUGGUUUUUGGAACAUAGAAAAGGCUUAGCCUGUAAAACUCAGAUUUUAUAUAGAAGCAGCUCUCCUGUUGAUGGGGAAUCAAAAGAAGAGCAGGCCAUUAUGUUGUCUUUAGUUACAAAAGAGCAACUGAUUCGUAUUCUGAAAUAUUUGCUAGAUGAAAAUGAGUUCCUGUCUCCAUAUGGAAUCAGGUCACUUUCAAAAUACCAUGAGAAACAUCCCUUUACAUUUCAAGCUGGAGAGAACACCUACACUGUGUCCUAUGACCCGGCUGAGUCUCACACCAAUAUGUUUGGAGGAAACAGUAAUUGGAGGGGGCCAAUAUGGCUUCCAAUGAACUACAUGAUCAUUGAGAACUUGGAGCGCUAUGACACAUUCUUUGGUGACGGUUUAAAAGUGGAAUGUCCUACAGGCUCAGGCAAUUUAAUGAGGUUGGGAGACGUUGCCAGAGAACUGUCAUCAAGACUAACCAAAUUAUUUUUGCCUGGACCAGAUGGCCAUAGACCUUGUCAUGGUGGCGACAGUCGUUAUGCUAAUGAUAAACACUGGAAAGACUUGGUUUUAUUUUAUGAAUAUUUCCAUGGAGAAACAGGCAGAGGUUGUGGUGCCAGUCACCAGACUGGUUGGUCAGCUCUGAUAGUCAACUUUCUGAGGUGUGUCAACAAGCAUUCACUAAUCUCCGACCACGCACAGGUUAACAUAAAGGUUCAACCCUAGAAACUUUUAUUUUUAAAAAUUAUUCUAUCCAUUACAGUUCAAAGUUUAGUGAUCCUUCCAUGUAAACCUAUCAGCAUUGUAGGUAUGGCCUAAUUUUUAGAACUUUGAUUUGGUUUAAAGUCACUUUCAUUAUAAUUGUAUAUUUAUUGAUGUAUGUAAUUGUAAACUUAAGUUGUUGGAGAGAACAUGUUUUUUGUUACUUUACUAUUUUACAGAGUUUAAAUGUACUGUACUUUACUAUUUUACAGAGUUUAAAUGUACUGUACUUUACUAUUUUAAGGAGUUUAUACAUAAUGUUAUUGGAUACACCAGAUACACCAAAAAGCUUUACAUAUAUGGAUUUGCCAACAUUUAUGAAAAUCUACAAUAUAUUAUUUGUUUUGUUGUUGUCUAUAGGAGUGAUUUCAAAUUUGUCAUGUCCUACUUUUUAAAGGCUAAAGGUGAAACAAAAACAAUGUCACACUACUGAAUUAUCUUCUAGAAAAAAAUAUUUCAAUUCAACAAUUCCAUGACAAUUCUUAAAUGUAAUUUGAUUUUAUAAGUACAAUGUUAUUGACUUUCUUUCAAAUGAGUGGUUUGGCAUGAUGUGGUUAAAAAGAUGAACUCCAUUUGUCACUUAAAACCUGCUUUUAUUUUAAAUUUAGUUCAUUUUCUAGGUUGAAUUUUUUAAAGGUUCCUGUUAAUCUCCAAGUUACAGUUAGGUGGAUGUAAUGUAUUAAAUAGUGUGCCUUUUUUUUUUUAAGUAUUAUAUUAUGACAUGCCUUAAACCAGAAAAAAAAAAAGAUUUUAUUGUUAUAUUUCAUAUUACAAAUUAUUAGGAGUUUUCACCAUUGGAUACCAUGGUAAUAAUAAUUAUCUUACAAAAAAUUAGAUUGGUCAUUUUUUUAAUUUUUUUGUGUGUGGAUUUUGCUAUCAUUCAAAUGAAAUUUUCUUGUAUGUGCUUUGUAAAAUUGUUUUGAAUUUUAUUUAUACUAAUUAUUUUCAAACACCUUUCACUUGUCACAUUAAUGGAUUAAGAACAGUUAUCUGAUGUAUUGUUUCAUAACUGGUCAUUACCCUACUCAGUGUUCUGUAAGGUAAUCACAUUUAAGAUUUGCUAUUUCUUAUAGCAUUCUGCACUGGAAAUUCCACUUUCAAAAUUAUUGCAUGGGCCAUCAUCAUAAGUAAAGAAAAUGUGAGUUUUUUUAUUCUUACAUUUAUUGUCAUUUUAUAUCUAAAAAAGAGGGUUAUGCUGUGCUUUGUUUUUUGUUUUUUUCAUUUUUUUUAUUGAUUUAUUUUUAGUGAAGUAAUCAGAAUCUAUUGAUGAAAACGGAUGUUGUUUUAUGUUGUGCUAUAAAAAUCAAACUUAAGUAAAGCCUGGAUGGUAGUUCCUGAAUUGUGUUGUGUAGGUUAAAUUAUUUUUUAGUUCAAUUCAUGCAUUUAAAUCUGUAAAAAAAAAGGAUCUAGUAUUUUUGUGAUAUUUAAUAUUGUUGACACUAGUGUAGUUAGUGAGAUUGUAACAUUUGUUGACACUAGCGUAGUUAGUGAGAUUGUAACAUUUGUUGACACUAGCGUAGUUAGUGAGAUUGUAACAUUUGUUGACACUAGCGUAGUUAGUGAGAUUGUAACAUUUGUUGACACUAGCGUAGUUAGUGAGAUUGUGACAUUUUAGAUUUACGUGAGUGCAUUGUAAGUUAAGGUUUAAUAGUUUAUUAUCUAUAUUUAGAGAGAACACUGUCAAUGUAUUAUUAGAAAGAAAAGGAUGCAUGGAUAUAUUGAAAAAAGUUUUGUUACUAAAUUUGUUUUCUUGUUGAUUUAUUUUUGUUUGAGGGAAAAAAUUAAAAUAGUAAGAUAUGUAUGCAAGUGCACAUUUACUUUACGACAAUGGCAAUCAGCAAUCAUUGUCAUUCAGCAAUCGAGCCAUAAUUUAUAAAAAAAAAUGUUUCUUUUGUAAUUAUCUACUACUGAAAUGUACAAGAUAUGUAUGCAAGUGCACAUUUACUUUACUAAAAUGGCUGUUGUGCCAUAAUUUACAAAAAAUGAUUUUGUAAUUUCUACUUCUGAAACAUACAUUACAGCCUAGUUUUAGUAGUCAAUGUCCUGAAUGUUUGUAAAUGCUCACUCUCAAUGGUCCUUUCUUUAAAUAGAUGCUUGUUGGUCAGGUUUAAAAAACACUGAAUUGACUUAAACAUAAUCCAGUGAUUGUCUUCACAGACCUUUAGUUAAAGUUAAUGUAUCAGCUUCUAGGUGCUAAUCAUUUUUCAACAUUUCUCAAUGAAAAUGUUUGGCAUGUAAAACUUGCUGCUUCGUUCAAGCCUUACAGUUGUACAAAGGCAGGUAGAUUGUUCUAGCUUGUUCUUAACAAUAAAAAAAAAAGAAAUGCUCUGCUAUACUGCCUGUCCAAUGUUUACUACUGAAUAUCAUUCCUUAUUUUUUAAAUUCUUUUUUUCUCCUUAUGUCUUAAAAUUGUAUUCAUACUGUUUUCAUUUCUGCAUAUAUUUUUUUCCUUCCUAAUAAAUUUUCAUUUUCAAAGGGAAAAAAACUUUCAGUAGGCUGAUGUGUAUGUUAAGGCAUGGCUAAACAAACUUUCAAUAGGCUGAUGUGUAUGUUUAGGCAUGGCUAAACAAACUUUCAGUAGGCUGAUGUGUAUGUUUAGGCAUGGCUAAACAAACUUUCAAUAGGCUGAUGUGUAUGUUUAGGCAUGGCUAAACAAACUUUCAAUAGGCUGAUGUGUAUGUUUAGGCAUGGCUUAACAAACUUUCAGUAGGCUGAUGUGUAUGUUUAGGCAUGGCUAAACAAACUUUCAAUAGGCUGAUGUGUAUGUUUAGGCAUGGCUAAACAAACUUUCAAUAGGCUGAUGUGUAUGUUUAGGCAUGGCUAAACAAACUUUCAAUAGGCUGAUGUGUAUGUUUAGGCAUGGCUAAACAAACUUUCAAUAGGCUGAUGUGUAUGUUUAGGCAUGGCUAAACAAACUUUCAAUAGGCUGAUGUGUAUGUUUAGGCAUGGCUAAACAAACUUUCAAUAGGCUGAUGUGUAUGUUUAGGCCUGGCUAAACAAACUUUCAGUAGGCUGAUGUGUAUGUUUAGGCAUGGCUAAACAAACUUUCAAUUGGCUGAUGUGUAGGCCUGGCUAAACAAACUUUCAAUAGGCUGAUGUGUAUGUUUAGGCCUGGUUAAACAAUAUUUUAAUAGGCUUAUAUAUAAAAAUAUGUUUAGGCCUGGUUAAACAAACAAAUUUCAAUAGGCUGAUGUGUAUGUUAAGGCAUGGUUAACCUUUCAAUGGGCUGAUGUGUAUGUUUAGGCCUGGUUAAACUUUCAAUAGGCUGAUCUGUAUGUUUAGGCCUGGUUAAACUUUCAAUAGGCUGAUGUGUAUGUUAAGGCCUGGUUAAACUUUCAAUAGGCUGAUGUGUAUGUUUAGGCCUGGUUAAACUUUCAAUAGGCUGAUGUGUAUGUUAAGGCCUGGUUAAACUUUCAAUAGGCUGAUGUGUAUGUUUAGGCCUGGCUAAACAAACUUUCAGUAGGCUGAUGUGUAUGUUUAGGCAUGGCUAAACAAACUUUCAAUUGGCUGAUGUGUAGGCCUGGCUAAACAAACUUUCAAUAGGCUGAUGUGUAUGUUUAGGCCUGGUUAAACAAUAUUUUAAUAGGCUUAUAUAUAAAAAUAUGUUUAGGCCUGGUUAAACAAACAAAUUUCAAUAGGCUGAUGUGUAUGUUAAGGCAUGGUUAACCUUUCAAUGGGCUGAUGUGUAUGUUUAGGCCUGGUUAAACUUUCAAUAGGCUGAUCUGUAUGUUUAGGCCUGGUUAAACUUUCAAUAGGCUGAUGUGUAUGUUAAGGCCUGGUUAAACUUUCAAUAGGCUGAUCUGUAUGUUUAGGCCUGGUUUAACUUUCAAUAGGCUGAUGUGUAUGUUAAGGCCUGGUUAAACUUUCAAUAGGCUGAUGUGUAUGUUUAGGCCUGGUUAAACUUUCAAUAGGCUGAUGUGUAUGUUAAGGCCUGGUUAAACUUUCAAUAGGCUGAUGUGUAUGUUUAGGCCUGGUUAAACUUUCAAUAGGCUGAUGUGUAUGUUUAGGCCUGGUUAAACUUUCAAUAGGCUGAUGUGUAUGUUUAGGCCUGGUUAAACUUUCAAUAGGCUGAUGUGUAUGUUUAGGCCUGGCUAAACAAACUUUCAAUAGGCUGAUCUGUAUGUUUAGGCCUGGUUUAACUUUCAAUAGGCUGAUGUGUAUGUUAAGGCCUGGUUAAACUUUCAAUAGGCUGAUGUGUAUGUUUAGGCCUGGUUAAACUUUCAAUAGGCUGAUGUGUAUGUUAAGGCCUGGUUAAACUUUCAAUAGGCUGAUGUGUAUGUUUAGGCCUGGUUAAACUUUCAAUAGGCUGAUGUGUAUGUUUAGGCCUGGUUAAACUUUCAAUAGGCUGAUGUGUAUGUUUAGGCCUGGUUAAACUUUCAAUAGGCUGAUGUGUAUGUUUAGGCCUGGCUAAACAAACUUUCAGUAGGCUGAUGUGUAUGUUUAGGCAUGGUUAAACUUUCAAUAGGCUGAUGUGUAUGUUUAGGCCUGGUUAAACUUUCAAUAGGCUGAUGUGUAUGUUUAGGCCUGGUUAAACUUUCAAUAGGCUGAUGUGUAUGUUUAGGCCUGGUUAAACUUUCAAUAGGCUGAUGUGUAUGUUUAGGCCUGGUUAAACUUUCAGUAGGCUGAUGUGUAUGUUUAGGCAUGGCUAAACAAACUUUCAAUAGGCUGAUGUGUAUGUUUAGGCAUGGCUAAACAAACUUUCAAUAGGCUGAUGUGUAUGUUUAGGCAUGGCUUAACAAACUUUCAGUAGGCUGAUGUGUAUGUUUAGGCAUGGCUAAACAAACUUUCAAUAGGCUGAUGUGUAUGUUUAGGCAUGGCUAAACAAACUUUCAAUAGGCUGAUGUGUAUGUUUAGGCAUGGCUAAACAAACUUUCAAUAGGCUGAUGUGUAUGUUUAGGCAUGGCUAAACAAACUUUCAAUAGGCUGAUGUGUAUGUUUAGGCAUGGCUAAACAAACUUUCAAUAGGCUGAUGUGUAUGUUUAGGCAUGGCUAAACAAACUUUCAAUAGGCUGAUGUGUAUGUUUAGGCCUGGCUAAACAAACUUUCAGUAGGCUGAUGUGUAUGUUUAGGCAUGGCUAAACAAACUUUCAAUUGGCUGAUGUGUAGGCCUGGCUAAACAAACUUUCAAUAGGCUGAUGUGUAUGUUUAGGCCUGGUUAAACAAUAUUUUAAUAGGCUUAUAUAUAAAAAUAUGUUUAGGCCUGGUUAAACAAACAAAUUUCAAUAGGCUGAUGUGUAUGUUAAGGCAUGGUUAACCUUUCAAUGGGCUGAUGUGUAUGUUUAGGCCUGGUUAAACUUUCAAUAGGCUGAUCUGUAUGUUUAGGCCUGGUUAAACUUUCAAUAGGCUGAUGUGUAUGUUAAGGCCUGGUUAAACUUUCAAUAGGCUGAUGUGUAUGUUUAGGCCUGGUUAAACUUUCAAUAGGCUGAUGUGUAUGUUAAGGCCUGGUUAAACUUUCAAUAGGCUGAUGUGUAUGUUUAGGCCUGGCUAAACAAACUUUCAGUAGGCUGAUGUGUAUGUUUAGGCAUGGCUAAACAAACUUUCAAUUGGCUGAUGUGUAGGCCUGGCUAAACAAACUUUCAAUAGGCUGAUGUGUAUGUUUAGGCCUGGUUAAACAAUAUUUUAAUAGGCUUAUAUAUAAAAAUAUGUUUAGGCCUGGUUAAACAAACAAAUUUCAAUAGGCUGAUGUGUAUGUUAAGGCAUGGUUAACCUUUCAAUGGGCUGAUGUGUAUGUUUAGGCCUGGUUAAACUUUCAAUAGGCUGAUCUGUAUGUUUAGGCCUGGUUAAACUUUCAAUAGGCUGAUGUGUAUGUUAAGGCCUGGUUAAACUUUCAAUAGGCUGAUCUGUAUGUUUAGGCCUGGUUUAACUUUCAAUAGGCUGAUGUGUAUGUUAAGGCCUGGUUAAACUUUCAAUAGGCUGAUGUGUAUGUUUAGGCCUGGUUAAACUUUCAAUAGGCUGAUGUGUAUGUUAAGGCCUGGUUAAACUUUCAAUAGGCUGAUGUGUAUGUUUAGGCCUGGUUAAACUUUCAAUAGGCUGAUGUGUAUGUUUAGGCCUGGUUAAACUUUCAAUAGGCUGAUGUGUAUGUUUAGGCCUGGUUAAACUUUCAAUAGGCUGAUGUGUAUGUUUAGGCCUGGCUAAACAAACUUUCAAUAGGCUGAUCUGUAUGUUUAGGCCUGGUUUAACUUUCAAUAGGCUGAUGUGUAUGUUAAGGCCUGGUUAAACUUUCAAUAGGCUGAUGUGUAUGUUUAGGCCUGGUUAAACUUUCAAUAGGCUGAUGUGUAUGUUAAGGCCUGGUUAAACUUUCAAUAGGCUGAUGUGUAUGUUUAGGCCUGGUUAAACUUUCAAUAGGCUGAUGUGUAUGUUUAGGCCUGGUUAAACUUUCAAUAGGCUGAUGUGUAUGUUUAGGCCUGGUUAAACUUUCAAUAGGCUGAUGUGUAUGUUUAGGCCUGGCUAAACAAACUUUCAGUAGGCUGAUGUGUAUGUUUAGGCAUGGUUAAACUUUCAAUAGGCUGAUGUGUAUGUUUAGGCCUGGUUAAACUUUCAAUAGGCUGAUGUGUAUGUUUAGGCCUGGUUAAACUUUCAAUAGGCUGAUGUGUAUGUUUAGGCCUGGUUAAACUUUCAAUAGGCUGAUGUGUAUGUUUAGGCCUGGUUAAACUUUCAAUAGGCUGAUGUGUAUGUUAAGGCCUGGUUAAACUUUCAAUAGGCUGAUGUGUAUGUUUAGGCCUGGUUAAACUUUCAAUAGGCUGAUGUGUAUGUUUAGGCCUGGUUAAGCAAUGUAUUAUUUUCAUGUGCAAUAUCUUUUUUUUUUCUUUUUUGCUGUUGCAUUUUGUCCUGAUAGUUAACUGACUAUAUGCUGGGGUAUAUGUUGGGUAUAUGUUGGUGGUUUUUACAGAGAAUGCUGCUGAGUAUUGUCUUUUUUGUUUGUAUCUGUUUCUUAGAUGUUUGGUUUUGAAUGGUCAAGUUGAAAUAUUUGUAAUGUCCACAGACAAGAAGAAUAAACAGAUCUUCAUUUAUUUUGUAACAUUUUGCUAAUUGUCUUUAUUUCAGUGUAUCAAAGGUUUUUUUUUGUUUGGAAUGUAGUUGGGCCUUUUUUCUUCUUCUAAUUCUAAGAUAUUAGAGUCUAUCUUUACUAUGAAUACUAAAUAUUGCCAUUUUUCCUUGUCUAAGAUUUGUGCAAAGCUAUCCUUGGUUAUGAAUACAAAAUGGUUGUCUUUGAAUUUAACAACUUUUGUUUAUAUAUCUGUUGUAUUGCAUUGAGGAAAUAAAUAUAUAUUUACAUCAAACUUU